AUGAUGUGUUUAUUAGCGAAAAACAAAUUUGAAUGUCGGGUUAGUUCGGUAUUAAACAAGAACAAUCGAUUGUGUGGGAAGAAACAUAUGUUUGAUAAUUGCCCUGAAACAUGUUGGAAUUCUGACGCGGGAACCCCACAGUGGAUAAUAAUUGACUUCGAGCAAGAAUGUAAAAUAAGUUCCUUUGAAAUUGAGUUUCAAGGUGGAUUCGUUGGCAAAGAUUGCUAUGUAGCAGCUGGUGACAAACAAACUGAAUUUGUUGAAUCAUUUUUCCCAGAAGAUAAAAAUAUAGUGCAAAGGUUUAACUUAAAAGAACCAAAAGAAGCUAAAACCUUUCAGUUUGUAUUUAAUGAAAGUACCGAUUUGUUUGGUAGAAUAAUUAUAUACAAAUUAUCUUUGUAUUCAUAG